AUGGGCUCAUGCGCAACCGCCACUUGGGUUCUGGCGUUUCUAGUCGUUGUUGUUGCGGCUCUCACUCCCUGGGUGGCCCGCGUCGAACUUCAUCCCGGCGAGGCGGGUGACUGCACCCUGCGGCCUUUGUGCAGCUCACACCCAACCCUAGUGAAGAGGCUGAUGUGCUUCUUGUUCCAGUACCCCGUGGACGUUGACCGAAGCGAUUACAAGCAGCAGGUGCUGGUUCGGCUGAGGAGACUCACACAACGGAACUUAAAGGGACAGACACAUGUGGUCGAAGGCGUCAUCCGCGGCAUUGCCGCCAAGCUUGAGAAUCCCGACAAACCGCUGGUUCUUCACUUCGCGGGGGACAAUGGAGUAGGCAAGACAACACUGGCGCAGCUCAUUUCUUUGGCCCUGGGCCUCAGGUGCCACGAUGCCGCGUGCACGACAGGUGACUCUGCCCUGGUGCUCUCGGGUGUUAGCUAUGACGGCUACAGUGUGCAGGAGUUCCGUCGGGUCGUGGUCCAGAGGAUAGUGCAGCACGUUCUGAGGUUUCCAAAAAAUGGUGUCGUCAUCGUCAACGACCUUGGGGCCCUGCAUCCGGACCUUGUGCGUGUCCUCCUCCCAUUGCUGGGCAGGGCGCCCUCGUUUCCUGAGGCUUCCAACGUGCCUCUCGGCCGUUUAGUUGUUAUUGUGACCACAGAUUUUGGACGGCAGGGCAGAACACGAGGCAAGAGCCUCAUGGAAAUGCGUCGUAUCGUUGAGGAUGAUUUUAAGAGCCUCUACAGCCAAUUGUCGUCGUCGAUGAUUGAAACAUUCCCAUUUCUUCCGGCGGCACUGGAUACAGCAAAGGAGAUUGUUCGUUUGACUAUCCAGGACUAUAAAUGCCGGCACGGCGAGACGAUCCGGGAGUUGCGCGUGAGCGAGGAUGCGGUUUUGUGGUUUGUUGAACUUGUGCAUGAUGAUCUCCCGAUGGAGAACGGUCGCUGUGUUGCGCAUGCUGUCUCGGCGUUGGUGGGUCCGGGAAUUUUGCGUCAUUUGCUGGACAGCCCCUUGGCCCCGGUGUCCUUGCACGUUGACAUAGACGACAACGGCUCCGUCACCGUCCUUCCAUUGCCGGCGGGUUAG